AUGAAUUCCUCAUCUCUUGCCUAUAAUGUGUCGAGUGGUCUGAGUUAUCGAGACUCUCUGAGCACAGCUGUGGCCAAAAACGUGAUUGUUCUGGCUCUUGGUUUUACCAUCAACUACAUCAAUGGUACACUGAUUCACAUCUUCAGAAAGCACCAGAUACUUUACGUGAAUCCUCGUUACAUCCUGUUCAUCCACCUGGUGCUGAACGAUAUGAUCCAGCUCACGACCACAAUCAGCCUGUUCGUCUUUAGUUACGUCUUCCACAAAAUUAAUGCUUCCCUCUGCUGCCUCAUCAUCACCAUGGCCGUCUUCACCACCCUCAACACUCCGUUAAAUUUAGCCGUCAUGGCAGCAGAGUGCUACAUCGCCAUAUGUUUACCACUGCGACACGCUCAGUUCUGCACCAUCAGAAGAACGUAUAUUCUGAUUGGUUGGAUUUGGGCCACGAGCACAAUUUCAACGCUGCCAGAUGUGUUUAUUACUCUGGCAACAGAACCUGUACAGUUUUUUUAUUCCACAGUUUUCUGUGACAGGGACGGCCUGUUCCGACACCCUGUCAUUUUGAAGAAGAGGGACAUUUCCUAUGCACUUUUCCUAAUUGGUGUUUGGCUCACUCUGUUUUACACUUACUUCAAGAUCUUCUUUGCUGCUAAAGCAGCUAAAGAGGCUAAAGCAGGAGACGGAGACGCAAAGAAGACCAGGAAUACUGUCCUGCUUCACGGCUUUCAGCUGCUGCUGUGUAUGCUAACCUACAUAGGCCCAGUGUUACAAAAGGCUUUGUUUUACUGGUUCCCUAAACAUUACAUACAUGUAGUCUUUGUUUCUUAUAUCAUCAUCCAGAUCCUCCCCAGGUUUGUCAGUCCCAUCGUGUACGGGCUGCGGGACAAGACAUUUAGACAGCAUUUGAAAAAGCAUCUGCUGUGUACAGUGAGUGCAAACAUCAAACCAUGGAUCACAACGAAAAGCAUGUUCCUCUGCUAA